GUCAUUCUAGCUGCCUGCUGCCUCCGCAGCGUCCCUCUAGCUCUCUCUGUGCUAAGUGCCUGCGCCUUAGACAGACAGGGUGUGAAAAGCAGAAGGAUUAGUCGGGACCUGCCUUGGUGACCCCAUGGCAUCCCCUAGAACCGUAACCGUCGUGGCCCUCUCAGUGGCCCUGGGACUCUUCUUUGUUUUCAUGGGGACUAUCAAGUUGACCCCCAGGCUCAGCAAGGAUGCCUACAGUGAGAUGAAACGUGCUUACAAGAGCUAUGUUCGAGCGCUCCCUCUGCUGAAGAAAAUGGGGAUCAAUUCCAUUCUCCUCCGCAAAAGCAUUGGUGCUCUUGAGGUGGCCUGUGGCAUUGUCAUGACCCUUGUGCCUGGGCGUCCCAAAGAUGUGGCCAACUUCUUCCUGCUCUUGCUGGUGUUGGCUGUCCUCUUCUUCCACCAGCUAGUUGGUGAUCCUCUCAAACGCUACGCGCAUGCCCUGGUGUUCGGAAUCCUGCUCACCUGCCGCCUGCUCAUUGCCCGAAAGCCCGAAGACCGGUCCUCUGAGAAGAAAUCCUCGCUGCCAGGGAAUGCGGGGAGUGCCAGCAAUGCGGGGAAUACCGAGGAGCCGCCGUCCUUAUAUGAGAAGGCCCCUCAGGGCAAAAUGAAAUUGUCGUAGAAAAGCGGAAGAGCAAAAAGUGGACCUUCCAGGCAGUUGCUUCCAUGACACCCAGGAAGAUGUCAGUGCGUGUUUUUCAUUUGAUUUAUCUUGGGGGAAAAGGGACAAAUAUAACCUGCAAGUUAAUGCUCCUAUUGGCUUGUGUACACCUAUACCCUAUAAUGACCUCCCCACAUAGACGUAUGUGCACCACCUGUAAUCACUCUGGGGCAACUCUCACAUCUUGCUGCAUGUACAUGUAUAUGGCUAACUCUUGAAGUGUAUUCGUGAGAUGGACUCCAGCAAGCAUGUGACUGUGAGAUUAUAUGUGGGAAAAUGUUACUUACUCUGUGUGUGUGUGUUCGUUCGCACACAUGUGUGAAGGAGAAGGCUCUGAUUUUGAACUAAUCCUGCAUAGAUAUCCUUCCCUUUAUAGACUGAUUCUAGUGAAGGCAGAAUAAAAUAAAUCUCCUAUAAAGAGAAUCCUACUUACUUCUUGGUAUAAAACUAUGUGUUCCCAUGGGAUGGGGGAAUCCCUCACUAGAUUAAGCUCAAAACUCAAACCUACCACUUUAGGAAAAGUUCCUUUAAUUUGAGACACUGAGUUACUUGUAAAAUGAAUUAACCUCUACUUUAACAGUUGUUGAAAUUGUUGUUUAAUUAAAUACUCCACAUUGAGUUUAAGUAAAUAAGGGAAAUAUGUAGUCAAUAGAUAAUCUAAUUCUUCAAGUGAUAAAAUUGGAAGUUUCACCUUGCCUUUGUUGGAGCCCAACCUACUAAUCUCCUUUACUCACGGUUGGAAACUGAAACAGUAAACUUUUUAUCAGACAUCUUUUUCGGAUUUUCUUAAGCCAAAAGCUGCCUCACUUCCCCUGUUCUCAGCAGCUAAACAGGAUUUGGCAGCUGCUCCACUGUUGCAGUUGAGGGAGCAAGGAUUAGUCCUGUUAGAAGUCUGUGAAUCUCAAGCUGUUCUCUUAAAUCAUCUAAAAUUCGACAGAGGAGCUGUAUCCAGUGUUUCCCUGCCAAACAGGUUCACUAUUCCUUUUGAAUUUUCACUGAACUUUGCUAGUGUAAGCAGAGAUCCAAGUUACCCCCAUGGUUGUCUCCUCUACACCUCUUUAUCAUUCCAGUGGGUGGAGUUUAGCUGGGGGAAGGACAUUUGAUAGGGGUUAGUUGGAUUGAGCAGUAUGAAAAUUUGCUUUCUUAAUUACAUACUGCUGCUUCUCCUUGUUAGAUGUGCUUUGAUGGUUUUAAUAUUGUUGUGCCAGGGAUUGGGGAAAGGGGUGGGGGUGUUGUGUGUGUGGGGAGUACCAGUUAUUGUAUUUUCUUCAGUGUCAUUGUUCUUGUUAAUUGAUACCUCUCUGUCUUAUUUCUCUCAUUCUUUCAAAAUAAAAAUUUUUGAAGUUUGGA